UGUCCUGGAUGGAGGCCAGCAGGGUGAGCGAUCCUCUCCCACCCGCUCUCCAAACACAAACUUCAUUUUUCCCAGCUUCAAAGGAGGACUACAACCACCACGCAAUGUGUCAGACCAAUCCAUCAGACUUUUGAACUUCUGGCUUCCAACCUUUUCUGAUAAAGAAAGAGUUGGAUUCUGUCUGUUUUGUAACUUUUUGGGUGGGUUUCACCCCCUGACUGUGUUUCAUUUCUCCGAGUUACAAUGGCUCUUGGAGUGCUACAUUCACAAGUAAAAAAUUCCCUUAGUGGAAGUGUAUUUUUGGACAGAGGCUCUAUAGAGGAACCUCCACCUCCACUCCGCAGCUACCUUUGUUUGAGUAUUUUCACCUGCUUUUGUCCUGCGUACCCUGUCAACAUCGUGGCCCUGGUCUUCUCUAUCAUGUCUAGGAACAACUAUUAUCUUGGAGACUACGACGGGUCGAAGCGGCUCGGCAGGAACGCUCUCUACGUCUCUGUGGCCUCCAUCAUCAUCGGCCUCCUCAUCAUCGCCAUCUCCUGCACCGUUCAUUUUACAGCUAUGGAGUUUUAGUGUCGCAGAAGAGGAGAGAGGAGCAGGAGAGAAUAAGACACAAACUGUGGAUGCUGACGUCUGGGCUCAGGUGGUUCGCACUGUACCAUCUGCCUCUGGAAGGACUAUGGCUCGUUACUCCAAUCUGUACAUCACUCCCUCGUGGGUUCACUGUUUUUCAUAUGGAAUAUCCAGGGCUAACAUCUGGUGAAUGUGUUCAUUGUAGUGUUUAAUGUCAAUGAUGCAAAAGGGCAGCUUUCUGUGAGACUAUAUGUACUUUUAACUAGAAUGAUUAAACUGAACUGUCUUGAAUUUUUGCUGCAACAUAUAUUUAUCAUUAUCAUUUGAUGUGUUUGUCAUCGGUUCCAUUAUUAAAGUAACUUAUGUAAACGUAAACGUAAACGUAAACGUAUGUAAAGUAUUUCUCAUGUGUUAUUAUAGAGAAUUGACAAAAAGGCUCCUAGCUGUUUGUUGAGUGUCUUAAAUGCAACAGUGGUCGUAAGGUCUAGGCAACAAAACAACGCUAUGAGGGUAUGAAAGAAGAUCAUGGUUUGGAUAAAAACAACUAUUUAAAUUAUGAAUGAUGUGACAUAGGUUAGUAAAAACAAUUCAAGAUAUCACUAGGCAAAAACAUUGGAAUUGUCUGAGAGCCCGGUGCUCCCCAACAGUCCUUUGUGAGAGGUACAUUUUUCGAAUUGAUUUAUUUUAAGCUCCAACCACCGGAAUUCGUUAUAUAGUCAAGAAAACUCUCCUGGUGAAUGUUAUUCAAAUUCCAACAACAUUUACCCCUCCCUCAUCAACCUUGAAGUUUAGCCUCAGUUGCCGUGGCUGCUGGUGUGACUAUGUAUUUGAGGUAGAAAGACAUUUUGCUUAAGAUUUUUGGGUACCACUUUACAAUAAGACUACCCUUAUAAAGGGUUUACGAAUAGUUUGUAAUUCAUUUAUUAAUUAGGUUGUGAACACUUUAUAAAUCAUUAAUAAGAUUUUAU